GCCCAGGGUCCUGAGCGCAGUCACCUUGCUUUGCUAACUUGAGCUACAGAUCUACUUCUGGAAUUUUGAUGAUGAGCUUGAGGUGAGAGUCUUGAAGAGUUUUCUGCUCCUCCUGGCUUAGAACCAUGGUCUUCUGAGCUACCAGUGCCCAGUGAGACAAGGUUUUACUUCACAGCAAUGGCCUUGUCAGGCAGAAGAAGCUGCUGGCUCUCCCUCCAAGUCUUACUGCUGAGAGUUUUUCUCUUCGUGGGCUUCCAGACUGUGAUAGAGGCCAGCUCUUCCUGUACAUUGAACAGGACUGUGGGGGCAUCUAUCCAGCUGCCACUGAAAUAUCCUUUGGGCCCUAACAUCCAAAGGGUAGCGUGGAGUUGGAAUCCUGAGAAUGAGCGCAGACUGAUAGUGAUCUGGAACCCUAAUAAUUCCAAUCCUCAGUGGUAUGACUUUGAAGAUAAAUACAAGAACAGAUUCAGUGUGACAAAGGAAUUCUUUUUGAGCAUUAAGGAUCUUAGUACAGAAAUGAGUACAGUCUAUACAGGGGAAAUCCAAUGGAACUCAGGAAUGAUCAAGAAUGAAGACUUCAAACUCUGUGUAUAUGAGCCAGUCUUCUACCCCCAAAUUCUGGUUCAUUCAUUAACCAGCACAUCAGGCUGGUGCAAUGUCAGCCUGGAGUGUUGGAUCCCAGGGACCACAGAGAACGUGACAGUGACCUGGCUGAACCAAAGCUUCAGUGGGGAGUUGGGGCAGAGAGGAACUCUAGCAGCAGCUCCCAACUCCAGGAAUCUAAGCCUGAGCCUUUCCCGGAGCCAGCUGAAUGGCCACCUCAUCUGUGUGGUCAGCAAUCCUGCAGACCAGAAGAAUGUGACCUUAGACCUUAGCAUCUGUCCACAAAUGGCCCAAGGUUCCCAUUGGAACAAAUGGAUAGGACUGGUUGCUGUGGUGCUGUUGGUGAUUCUGGGGAUUGGACUAUGGAUCUGGAAGAGGAAGAAGACAGAGACUGGAAAAGCCAUGCGAGGCUGCACAGCUGCUCCCCAGGUCCUUCUCACAGAGGAUACUGCUGACGAUCAAAAGAGUGGGCUUGCCGUACCUGAGCUUUAUGCAGAGAUCAACCUCUUGGCUGACCGGAAGGAGGACUCAGAGAGGAGCAGGGGCCAUGGGCAGGUUCCGCAAGUCCACACUGCGUAUGCAUGUAUCCAGGAACCCAGACCAUGAAGAAACUGGAGCAAUGAGGGGCAUUGGCAUGGCAUCCACAUGUAAGAGAAAACUCAUCCUUCUGAACAUUCAUUCAACAUGAUGUAUUCGAGUACCAUCCAUUUCAUUCUUCUUUAUGGAUGAAUAAUACUGCAUUGUGUAUAUGUGCCACAUUUUCUGGAUCCACUCAUCUAUUAGUUGUAGGGCAUUUGGAUUUUUUCCACGUCUUGGCUAUAGGGAAUGGUGUCAUGAUGAAUGAGUGUGCAGGGGCCUUUACUACAUUCCCGCCUUAAAUUCCUUUGGCUAUAUGCCCAAGAGUGGUAUGACUAGAUUAUAGGUCAGUUCUGUUUUUAGUUUCUGAGGAAGUUCUAUACCAAUUUCCAUAGCAGCU